AUGCACCUCCAACUUCCAACAAUCGGCGUCGCCCUUCUUCUACCUAUUACUUCUGUCUUCGCUGGAAUCAUAACGCCGCCCUCUUCCUCAACGCUCGAUAUCAUGCGCCGUGCUGCCCCCGAGGAACACUCAAUCCAAGCCCUUGAUGAUCGGUCGGCACUUGCCUCUGCGAGUGAUGAACGCCUUCCACAAUUAUAUGCUCGGGAUGAUGAUGAUGACAAGGACGACGAUAACGACGAUAACGACGAUGAGCGAGAUGAUCGCGACGAUGACGACGAUGACGACGAUGACGACAGCGUCUUGGACAAGCUCAGAGAUAAAGCCGGUGACAUUGGAGACGACAUUAAGGACGGAGCUAGCGAUAUCAAAGACGACGUGAAAGAUGAAGUAGACGACGUGUUCGACGAUGGCGUCGGGGCUCUCCGGCCCGGAAUCAUCCUACCGGGAUUAUUUGCUGCAGUUGUGGUGGCUGUCGCGGGAAUGUAA